AUGGUGGACAAAAUAUUAGCCUCCAAUUUGGCAAAUGCUAAAACCCAUCCAGUCUGUGGAGAUAGUGUCAGCGACAACCUGCACGUAUUUCCCGCUAUUUGUGAGGGCUGUAAGAAAAUCGGUGUGAUUGGAGAUUUCAUGGAGCUACCAGGUGCCAAGCUCGAACUUGUGAAGGCAUGGGCUCAUGGCAAGCGGAAGCCUUCGAGGCCCGAACAAGACACUGGAUCAGCCGAUGGCAACGACGAGGGUAUUGGGAAGGAGGAUGGACCCAGUGAGACCAUCAAGUUACCGCCUGAUAAGGGUAUCCUACUCGAAGGCAAAAGCAGAACUUCAACCACGUGUGCCUCAACUAUACCCGAGACGUCGAACACGAAUCGAGAUACAAGUUUAACCGCGAAUGGACCUGCCCCAGAUCUGGCUCAAAUCAAAUUGCGGGUUACAGCCUUGAAGACUAGAACAGAACGGUCACUCGCCAAGAUGCGAGGUCAGAGACCUCCAACAUCGGGCUGA